AUGGAUAACUAUAUGCCUUGUAUUCUUACUGGCUUUAUAUUUUAUGCCUUUGGCCUAAAGUGGUGUUAUGAAUAUGCUAAAUAUUGGGUAUCUCUAAGACCUAGAGAUGAUCCACAUACAACAAAAGGACUAAGAUUUAUAGAAAAAUGUGAGAAACUUAUAAACAGACAUCCUAUAGAAGGAAGUUUAAAACUGAUAGCUACUGCUAUAGGAUUAGCUGGUACAAUAACUGGUGGUUUACAACAAGUUGGAACAGUGUCUCCAAAAGUUGUACUUGCUACAAUCUAUUUAUUCUUUGCAUUCUCUGGUUUGGUUGAUGUCUUAAAUUUUUAUUUCCCUCAUAAUGUGAGUGAAGGAUUAGUAAAAUUGGCACUUGCUCAAAGCUUUUUUAUAGAAGGAUUUCUUUUCUUGUGGGGAAGUGUUGGAAACAAUGCAUUAGUUGAUAGAAUUUUGGCAUUAAUAGUAUGGACGACAUCUUUAGCUAUUACUUUAGAGCUUGUGUGGCCUGAAUUAAAGCUUCUAAGAGGCUGUACAACAUUACUCCAUGGUGGUUGGAUAGCUCAUGUAGUUCGUGUAUAUCAUACAGUACCAAUAUUACCAGAAGGUAUUGCUCUGAUAUUUUCUUGGCAUGUAGCUGCUGCUUCAGCUGUAACAUUAUGUAUAGUAGCAGCAACAAGAAGUUGUGCUCCUAAGCUUAUGAUGGAAGAACCACCAGAGAUACCUAUUUAUGAUUAUUGUCAAGAACCAGAACAGAGAAUUCAAUAAUCAUGGCCUGAUGUUAUUUACUUUUUGAGAAAUAAACAAGCAAAAUGGAAACAAUAACAACAACUGCAGAGCCUAUGGAGGAAAGUCCUGAAAAAGUUCAAACAAGUCCUCCAAUACAAGUAGUAAGAGUACCAGUAAAACAUGCUAAUCUUGGAAUAAGGAGCCAUGCCAUGGAUAUGAGUACAAUGGUAGAACUUACUUCUUUUAGUACACUCGGCAAAAUACAACCUUUUUUAGUUACUAUAACAACUACUGCAGCUUUAUUGGUAGAUUUGCACUGUCAUUUAACAGAUAAAGAAGUUUGUGGCUAUUUAGGUGGUCAUUGGGAUAUUAAUUCACACAAUCUAUCUAUAACAACUGCUUUUCCAUGCCGAUAUUCUGGCAAAGAUAAAUCAGCUGCAGCUGCAGUUGAAGCUGAAAUUGCAAGAGCAAUGGAAUGGAAACGUGUGACUUUAGUUGGCUGGUAUCAUUCUCAUCCUAGAUCUCAUGCUUCUCCUUCUCUUAGAGAUGUUGAUUCUCAAUUAGAUUAUCAAAUUAAAAUGAAAGGACCUAGUGAUAAUGGUUAUACACCAUGUGUAGGAUUAAUAUGUUCUCCUUAUAAUACAGAUGGCAGUUGUUAUGAAUCAAAUUUUAAUGUUUUUUGGUCUUUACCACCUCCAGAAAAUCGGCCUCAUGAGUAUCCGAGACCAAUGCUUUUGAGUUAUACAUUAUCUCAAGAGCAUUUUCUUUCUCAAGAUACAUUAGAAGAAAUUUGUUCUUUAGCGUCCAAGUUACCCGGGCGUAAUAGGUCGAAUGGUUCAUAUUGGGAUGUAAUUAGAGAAAUGAUUUGUCCUGGUUCUGAAGAUGGAGCAUCACCGGAAUUUCUAGCAAUGAAAUUCCCUCUAGUACCAGUCUCAGAAUCACUUGUUCCCUCAGUUCCACCAGGAGUUGGUCUUGCACCUAAUAAUGCAGCUGUCUUUCUUACACCUGUGAAUUUUAAGCCUGAUGGUGCCAUAAUUACUCCUACAUCAAAACCUUUCGUGAUGCAGCCAUCUACAUCCAGAGAUAAUAUUAAAAAAGAUAUUAUAACGACAGACACUGCAUCAAUCACGCAAUUAAAAGACGGAAACUCUACAUCUAAGCAGCACAUAUCACCAUCAGAAGUGAUGCCCAGCUUUCAAUCUGGAGAACUCACAGUUUCUGUAAAAAAUGCUAAAUGUGACUAUGAUUUUGCACCAACUGAUUUUUCAAAAGUAUCCAAUCCUCUCGGAACGGAUAUAAGUAUCAAUAAAACGCGUUCAUCUACAACACCUGAUUUUCCUCUAGCUGAUAUAACACAACAAAUUUCUAAAUUUUCGGACUUAUCAAAAUUAGCUAAUUUUUCUACAGCGGAUUUGGCGAAACUCUCUGGAUUUCCUAUUCCAGAUUUUGCAAGAACAUCGCCAUCGCCAUCUGCUUAUAUGCGUAAUAUUGCAAAUUUGUUUGGACCAAUUGGUAAAAUUUCUCCUGCGAGAGAUAUUGACUCGAACGAACGUAAAUCAAACGAUUUCGCUAUGGUUGAUCCUAUUCAAUCGCCAUUUAAAACAACUAUUGGGUCUUCAGAAUCUUGUAGAAAUUUUUCUGCAACUCCAGAAGACUACUCAACUGAUCGAAAAAAAAUGGAAGUACAAAACGAUAAUGCAAAAAUUAAUCGAUCAAAUGAGUAUCAAGGAACUGAAGAUCUAUCAAUUUCUAAAUCUGAAUUUGGUGGUAUGUUAGAUAUGACCACAAUACAUAAGAAACAACAACAAUCACAAAGUAGUGAUAUUGCCGACUCAUUAAAUUUAUCGAAAGAUCGUCAGUAAUUUUUCUAUGUUAAUCAGUAUUUUACGACUAUGAUAAUUUCUAUACAUUGCUGCCUGCAUAAAUAUAGUUAAAUAUAAUUUGUAUUCUUACAUUUACUUGUAAAACAUAUUUACAUACAAAUUAAAUUAUUUUUUGUAAUUCUAGAAAUACUCAAACGUGCUUAGUUUGUAUAUUUAUUGUACUUAAUAAACUGUUUUUUAUAAUUGUCUUUAUGUUCAUUUAUGCAAUUAUAUUUAAUUCGAUUAUUUUUAUUUUUAUUUCCACAUUAAGAUAUUGACGUAUUUUCAAAGUAUAUGUAUAUUUGUAGAUUGUAGCAAUAUUGCAUCAUUUUAUGUAGUAGUGCUGAGUGUUUGUGAACAUAUGAAUGAUUAAUAUGUUCCGGCCAGCAAGAACUUUGUUAUAUUCUUUAAGUCGUAUCAAGGAAUGUCGUACAGUACAUGUUAAUAGUCAAAAUUUAUCAGAAAUUACAGAAUAUGAGUGAUCCACGAGUAUUGGAUAAAAUGAUGCCCUAUCUCACAUCAUAUUAUGGAAAUCCACAUUCCAGAACUCAUAUGUAUGGAUGGGAAACAGAAGCUGCUGUUGAGCUUGCUCGCAAACAAGUAGCAAACUUAAUAAGUGCAGAUAAUAAAGAAAUUAUAUUCACAUCUGGUGCCACAGAAUGUAAUAACAUAGCUGUUAAAGGUGUUGCAAGAUUCUACAAAGAAAGAAAAAAUCAUAUUGUGACGACUCAGAUAGAACACAAAUGCGUAUUGGAUUCUUGUAGAGCUUUACAAGCAGAAGGAUUUGAAGUAACAUAUAUUCCAGUAAAUCCAAAUGGCCUUAUUGAUCUUAAUCAAUUAGAAGAUGCAAUUAGACCAACUACUUCUCUGGUUUCUGUUAUGAUGGUAAAUAAUGAAAUUGGUGUACAACAACCAAUUGCAGAAAUUGGUGCCAUUUGUAGAAAGAAGAAAGUAUUUUUCCAUACAGAUGCAGCUCAAGCAAUUGGUAAAAUUCCAAUUGAUGUUAAUGCUAUGAAUAUUGAUUUGAUGUCUAUUAGUGGUCACAAAAUAUAUGGUCCAAAAGGGGUUGGAGCCUUGUAUGUAAGAAGAAGGCCAAGGGUACGCAUAGAAGCAAUUCAAAGUGGUGGUGGCCAAGAAAGAGGUAUGAGAAGUGGUACUGUUCCAGCACCUUUGACAGUAGGCCUAGGAGCAGCUUGUGAUUUAGCACAAAUAGAAAUGGAGUAUGAUCACAAAUAUAUUACAAUGCUUUCGAACCGAUUGAUUGACAAAAUAAUGUCCAAUCUACCACAUGUUAUACGUAACGGAGAUCCGGUAGCUUGGUAUCCUGGAUGUGUAAAUUUGUCUUUUGCAUAUGUAGAAGGAGAAUCUCUAUUAAUGGCUCUAAAAAAUGUUGCUCUGAGUAGUGGUUCUGCUUGCACUAGUGCGAGUUUGGAACCUAGUUAUGUUUUAAGAGCAAUUGGAACAUCAGAAGAUCUAGCACAUUCCAGUAUCAGUCCAUUAUGGGAAAUGGUCGAAGAGGGAAUUGAUUUGAAAACUAUUAAAUGGACUCAACACUAAUGACGUUUUGUCACAUAGUUCCAACUAUCUAAUAUGAAGAUAGUUUGGAUCCAAUAUACAAUGCUGACUGUGAGUGAUAUAAAUAAAUUAAGUUUAAUUAAGUAAAAUACUUUUCAAUAUAUAAUAAAUUUAUUUAAACUUUUCUGCUUUUAUGACUUCUUUAAGAUUUAAUUAAUUUCACAAAUUCUAUUAAUAUUCCCCCUUUUCCUCCCAUUUUUUGUUUCGGGAUAUUUCUCUCAUAGAAAAACUUGGCAUUAUCGUUGCUUGAUAUAAAAAGAUAUUUUCACUCAUCACACUUUAUUAUUGUGUGUUGAGUUAUUCGAGUUGUAAAGAAUAUUGCAUCAGGAUCAUACACUUGCUAAUAUUUAUUAUUUAGCACAAACAUGAUGGAUCAGCAGCUUCAUCAAUAUAUGAAAUUUUAAAUCUGUCUUUGUCCAUUUCAUGCAAUUCCAUGCGUGAUCUAUUAGCUUCCACUAGAUGCUGUGCUAUGUCUUCGAACAUUUCAUGUAUCCCUUCUCCAGUCUUACAUGAUGUCUUAUAUAUGCCAGAAAUUAAAUUGUGACAUUGUUACCAAAAUUGUUCCAUUUCUGCAUCUGUAACUUGUGGAGCUGUGCUUUCUAAAUCACUUUUAUUUCCACAUAGAAAUAUUUUUGCAUUUUCAGCAUAUGUAACAAUAUCAAGUAAAUGUUGAGAUAAGAGAUGAAAAGAUGUUGAAUUAUCUAAUGCAAAAACUAGUAUAGCAGCUUCUGCAAAUUUAUAAUAGCUGGAUGUUACUGAUGCAACUCUUUCCAUACCACCCGUAUCCCACAAUUGCAAUCGUAUUCGUCUGUCCUCAACGACAUAUUCUUUAUCGAUAUUAUCGAGACCCAAUGUCGAUUUUCUAUCGCUGCUCGCUAUAAACGUAUUAUUCGCGAACCGCCUAAAUAUAGAUGUCUUUCCAACACCAUAUUCACCGCAUAGAAUAACCUUCUGUUCGGUUACUUUAACAGUAGCCAUGUUAGGCUUAUGUCACUUCGCCGGUUGUAUUGAAAUACAAAAACUGCAGCAUCAGUAAUAACAAAUCAUAAUAUUUAAUUGCAUUUUCUGCGAUGAUGCAAACAUUUUAUUCAAUGGUCAUUUGCCUGUAUACAGUCACACAAGCGUGAUGACAGUCGUGAUUAUAGAAGUAUCAUAUCAGUAACGGACCAUAAAACACUGCUAGGCAUAAAAUACCUAUUCACAUUGAUACAAUACUUGAAUUAAAUAUGAACAUUAAGUAAGGAUAGGAUAGACAUGACAUUGGGACUUUCCAUUUCACUGGAACAAUAAAAAAUUUGCAAUGGAUUGUGUCUACAAUAUAUUACAGCGAACAUAAGUUGUAAGUAGCAUUAUUUUUAUUACAUGAUUUCAAAUAAUAUCUAUAAUAGAAAAAUUUUGUUGAAUAUAAUGGAAAUUCAUGAGUAAAGUGAGUAAAAUUGAGUAUGGUGAAGCAUUACUACAUUUAUUAUUAUGUACU